AUGAAGGAUCAAAACAAGAAAGUGGCCAACCUGAAGCACAAUCAACAACUGGAAAAGAAGAAGAACGCGCAGUUACUGGAAGAAGUCCGUAGGCGAGAGGACAAUAUGACAGACAACUCUCAGCACUUGCAGGUAGAAGAAUUGAUGAAUGCACUGGAAAAGACCAGGCAAGAACUGGAUUCUACCAAAGCUCGCCUUUCAUCAACACAGCAGUCUCUGGCUGAGAAGGAAGCACAUCUGGCCAACCUAAGAAUAGAGCGGAGAAAACAGCUUGAAGAAAUACUAGAAAUGAAACAGGAAGCUCUACUUGCUGCAAUCAGUGAAAAAGAUGCAAACAUUGCCUUGCUUGAACUGUCUGCUUCAAAGAAAAAGAAGACUCAAGAGGAAGUAAUGGCUCUAAAACGAGAGAAAGACAGAUUAGUGCACCAGUUAAAACAGCAGACACAGAACAGAAUGAAACUGAUGGCCGAUAACUAUGAUGAUGACCAUCACCAUUACCAUCAUCACCACCAUCACCAUCAUCACCGGUCUCCUGGAAGGACACAGCACUCCAACCACAGACCCUCUCCAGAUCAGUUCUCUUCAAUAGAAUCACAAUUCAGCUGCCUAAAUAGAAAGUUACUGAAGAAUUCCUUGCACCAAUUUCAGCAUUAG